AUGCAUCGGAAAAGAACUACUAGUAAAAGGGCCUCUUCUGCCACGAAGAUUAGCCCCCAACCUCCGAGGCUUCUCAUUGUGCAUGCUGCUGUGCCCUCCUGGACUGACAUCUGCCCCAACCUCUGUGAGGCCUUGCAAAAUUUUUUCUCCAUAGCCUGCAGUUUGAUGGGCCCCAACCGCAUGUCUCUGUUCAGCUUAUACACAGUACAAAGCCAACAUGAGUGUAUCCUCCCAUUUGUGCAAGUGAGGGGGAACUUCGUUAGGCUGCAGGCCUGCAUCUCAGAGCUUCGCAUGAUACAGGUGGAAGGUUGUUACGGGCCACAGCGCCCCUUGCUGCCGCUGGCAGUAGAGGACGGUCUCCAGCAGUUCAAGCAGUACAGCAGACACAUGGCCACCAGUACCGCUCAGCCCAGCACUUCCCUGGAGAUUACUGUCCUGACUUCUCAGCCUGGAAAAGAAGUGAUCAGACAGCUGGAGGAAGGGUUGAAGGAGAUCAGCCUGCGCAGCAUCAGAAGGCUGCAGGUGGUGGAGAUUACGAAAGGCACCCACGAGCAUACCGACCCACCGUCUCCUGUGGAAGAGCUCAGCAGUGAUGAGAGUUCUAUCCUGGAAGCGGACAUUGUCCUUCAGUCUCUAGAAAAUGACAUUGUCAGCAUGGAGGUCUUCUUCAAAGCCUGGCUGCAUAACAGUGAGACGGACCGAGAACACAUCCAUCUUUUUCUUACUCCACAGAGCUGUCCUCCUUCUUCCAGAGCCAAGGAUAAUCCAGUAUGUCUGAAAUGUGAUCUCCAAGAGCGAUUUCUCAGCCCAUCCCUGCUUCCUGGUACAGCUGAUGGCUCGUCAAGAAUGGAUGACCCCAAAGGAGACAUCAGCACACUCCACCAGAUGGCUUCCCUGUCGUCAGACUCUCCAUAUAAGCUGCAAGUGGUCAAGGCUCUACGUUCCAACGGGAUCUGUGAGUCCCUGACCUAUGGCCUGCCCUUCAUCCUCAGACCCACAAGCUGUUGGCAGCUGGACUGGGAUGAGCUGGAAACAAAUCAGGAGCAUUUUCAUGCCCUGUGUCACUGCUUGCUGAAAAGAGAUUGGCUGCUGUUGGCCAGAGGGGAACCCAUGGUCCCCAGACACAGCCAGAGUGCCCCAGCCUGCAGCUUUUAUGUGAUCACACCAUCUCCUUCUCUCACACUGCUGGUGAAGUUGGUGGCCACAAGGGAAUUGAUGCUGCCUGCCUUCUUCCCCCAGCUCUCUGAGGACCCACCCGAAGAUAGCCUAAAGAUCAUAGAGAGUACACUGGACAGCCUGGAGCUGGGGCCCACCUACAACCCCCUACAAGUUGGGAGCCAGCUGUAUUCACUUCUGACCAACACCUAUCCCAAGCCUCAGGGACGGCUCUACAACAGCAGCCAGGAGAGCCGAGGCCUUAGAAAGGCUGGGCAGCUGCAGAGCAACAGAGUCCGAGCUGCAGUGGUCCCCCUGCCAGUGGUGCCAGCCCCAGUUAGAGCUCCCAAGGCAUCAGCAGCCAGCAGAGCUUCCUCAGGGACCUUCCUGCCUUCUGAUUCAGAUGAGGAGCUCCCUUCUCAGACCUAAGUUCCCAGCGCCAGAACACAGCCAUAGCACUCACAGGAUGGCUGCCUGAGGCCAGAUCUGUGGGCUGUCAACUCGCACCUGUGAGUGAGCUCAGCCCAAGAAACAGCCUCUCCCUCCUAGGUCCCCACUACGGCCACUGCCCAACUGAGCUGAAAGUGACACACCCAGGCCUGUCUUUUGUCCAGCAGGGACAGUCUUUUGGAUCAUUUGACAGUGUUGACACAAAUGAUUAAAUGCCCAGUAAGCCUGCACCAUUGUUAAGAGCAUUUCUAGGCCAGAAUUUCUUCCUGCAGCCCUGAGGUCUGGUCACCCUUGGGAAACUGCAACUCAAGAAUAAGGAUGAGGUUUCACAGCUCAAGAAAAAUCAAGACAGGAAGAGUACCCUGCCCAGACUCCCCGCAGCAGCUCCCUUCAGCUGCAGACAC